CGAAUAUUUGGGAGCCUUCUUGCCUUAACCUAGAGCCGCCAAGUUUUAGCUUUUGGUAUCCUGAACGCCGGUCAUGUCACUUGAGUGCUUCACUUGGAUUACACAACUUUUGGGUUCACUGGUUCAUAAGUUAAGACAUAAAGAUGAAGGAAUUUUUACACGUUUGCCUGAUUGUCUCAUCAUUGACAUCCUUAGUAGACUUCCAGAAGAUUGCCUUGUUAGAUGUCAAAGAGAUUGCAGGGUGUGGAAGGCAUUGAUCUCAUCACAGUAUUUUGCCACCUUAUAUCUCAGAAGAGCUAAACCCGUACUAAUCAUACAAUGUGAUCGCGGUAUUACCAAUCACGAGCAGAACCUUUUUGUUUUUGAUGAAAGCCUUAAUAAUAAGGAGAAGAUCACGUUCAGGAAAGUACUUCUCAAACGUGAGCUUAUGAUCAACAAGGUCAAUAAGCUCAAUCCUUUAUUUCGAUAUUCUUGUCAAGGAGUUCUUCUGUUCAUGGAUGUAUUUUCACCCCCUACUUAUUUUAUUUUCAACCCAAUAACACAAGAGGAGGUAACUGUACAACAUAAAUUCCACCCUGGCUACUUGUGUGCUUUUUAUUAUUGUUCGUUAACAAGAGAAUUCAAGCUUCUUUAUGCACGAGAAGAAGGAUCUCAUGAGUGUCAGUAUUUCAUAUACACUGUCAGGACACAGACGUGGAGGAAAAUUCAUUCACCCACUUCCAACUUUUUGCCGCGUGUCUCUCCUGCAGUUGUCAAUGGAGCAGUGCAUUUGAUCGUGAGCAAAGAUUUAGUGAAACCAAAUACUCCUCCUUGUGCCAAUGGAAUCAUGGUGCUCAAAAUUGAUAAGGAAGAACUCUCCAUUAUGCCUCAUCCCGGAAGUGUAUGUAGCUCAUGGAAAACACAUCAUACAAUGUCUCUCUUAGUGAAGGAAGAGUGUUUGUCUUUCUGCCAAUUGCUUAUCUUUGAGAAUGCAAUGGAUAUAUGGAUCUUGGAGGACUAUGAAACAUGGGUAUGGACCAAAAGAUUCAAGGUUAAUCUUGUCUUUAAUAACCAAGGUAUCGAUUGCAGUUUGCCUUUUGGUCAUACAUAUUGGGAAGUGAUUUUGUACAUGUCUUGGCAAAUAGAGCCUUUGGACUUCCUGGAGGGUGAACUGGUACUUUAUUGGUAUAACAGAGGGUUAUUUAUGUAUAAUAUGGAUCAUAAUAAUUUGAGGAAAAUUGAAGGUCCACAAGGGUCAAAGAGAUUUACUUGUAUGCCUUAUAUAAAGAGCCUCUUGACCAUAGCCUAGCUUUCUUUCACCAAGUGUAAUCUUAUUUAUUAAAUGUUUUGUUUAUUUGAGUUGGCAAUGAUGCGAAUAAAUUAUUUGAGGUUUUGUAGUUUAUUCGAGUGACUCCGAAGGAG